AUGUCUAGUUCAGAUCCAAACAUACUCAAUAGUAGCAGUGAUGACAGUAGCAACUAUAACCUAAAUGCAAAUGAUCACGCAUCAUCGAUUCCAAGUUCGAAUGGUGGCUUUCGUCCAAUAGACAUCGUAAUUGCUCUGUAUGACUACAAUUAUCCAAAUAAAGCAUCAGAACAAAGGCUGUCGCUGCAGCAGGGUGUUACUGUUUAUGUGAUCAGUAAAAGCAAAUCCGGUUGGUGGGAUGGCUUGACAAUCGAUAGCAAUGAUGGUAAAGUUAAUAGAGGCUGGUUUCCUCAAACUUAUGUCAAAUCGAUAAAGGAUAGAAGAAUGAGCUCGAUUUCAAAUAUGAGCUCAAGACGUCCAAGUUACGCGUCAGCAAAUACCCCACCAAAUAUGCCAACAAACUAUUUGAGUCUUCCAGUAUCACUGCCUAACAAAGGAAAGAGUAAAAGCAGAAGAGGAAGUUCUUCAUUGAGCUACAAUUCGUACAGUAAUCCACAAAUUAGAUCUGGACAGAAUAAGGAAUCAGGUAACGUCUUACACAAUGAUUCCAGUCAAGUUGACCCACUCCAAAAAAAUGAGACGAAUUCUUCUUCUCUCCCCAAAGGUAUCAAUAAGGCACAGGGGUCUUCUAUUACAGAAAAGGAGAGUGGUAUAACCGUACUCUCGUUGGAGGAGGUUGAAAUGAUUAUUGGUAGUGUACAUGGGCCUCUCACGUCAACAUGGACGCCUGUCCCAAUGAUAUCAAACGGUAGAAUAAGUGAUAAACUACUUUACUACAAUAGCCAUUUAAAUAUUUACUGUAAUGAAUUACCAUUGGUAUCUAUGAAAACUUCAAAUUUAAGUGUAGAUGAUACAAUCGAUGAAAGUGGUACGAAUUUGAUGGACAAUAAAAAUGAAUUAACUUUCCCCACCGAUGAUCAACUCGUAGAUUUGACUGCCAAGGACCUAAGUCCUUGUGAUAAAAGGCCAAAUCUAAAUAAGAGUGCCACAAAUCAAGAGCAUCUUGCUAACAAAAAACCUCCUUUUAAAAAUAUAGACAAUAAAGAAAAGUCUGUGGAUGUAGGCACUGCUGAAAAGGAUGAAACUGAAGAAAGAGAAUCAGACCAAUCUUCCUCCAUACGCAAAGCAAUGAUGUCUACAGAUGAAUUGUUUUAUUUGCAUUCGAAGGAUGUCAAAACUUGGUCAGAAUUGGAAGAAUUAACUUCAUAUUUCACAAAUCUAGCACAUAAUAUGUUUUUAAAGAAUGACAGGUACACAUUUAUCAAGUUUUUUGAUAUUGUUUCAAAUCUAGUAAUAUUCACACAAUUAUCCUGUCGUUUAAUUCAAAACCAAAUUAAACAGACCAGUUCCAAUAGAGAAAUAAAGAAGAUUUUCAAAAGCUUAAUCACAUCUUUAUCAAAAAUCAACAUAAAUUCUACCCUCUAUUUUGAUUCUUCAUAUCAAUGGCUCGUUUCUUCUAAAACAACACCAAAUAAGUUCAACACUACCGAUGUUAGUGUCAGCAGUAACGCCCAUGAUAAUUCUAAAUUUAAUAUUCCAUAUUCGCCUGAGCAUAUUGAUGGUGGCCAUGAACCUCUGGAAGCGAGAAGAAAUGCCAGUACCAGUACAACAGAAACUGUGACACCUUACAAAGCUUUCAGAAUGGGUUCGGAUGAUAAUUCCGCCAAUUUUCAAAGGGUAAGUUCUGCAACAUCUCAACGACCAUCAAUGCAGACCGCCCUAUCGGAUAGUAGAGAAAAUAGCAUUCAGAAGCCAAACGUUUUGAUGAAAGAUUCUAAAAUUUCAAUGAGGUUGAUUUUUGAAAACAUUGACCAGGAAUUAAACAAAUUUUUGAAAACAAUACAAUCUUUACAUAAAGUUUUACAGAAGUCUGUGGUAGGUGUUGAUAAUAACACUCUUCCUCAAGUGCUACCUAGAUUUUUUAGAGGUUCCUUCAAUGGAGGUUCCUGGUCGAAUCCCUUUUCUGUAUUUAUCUACCCAGUAAAUGGACAUAUGGCUACAUUUUCAUCUUCAUCUUCAUCGGAUCCUUAUAACCUGACGAGUCCAAUGAGUGGUAAUAUUCCAUCAAAAAACAACGAUGGAACCACUGCAGUCGGGCCUCCGACGCUACAAGAACUAAAUACAAAAAUACCGAACAAGAUGGCGAAUGCUAUUGCUUUGGCAGCUGGGUUGCCUGCAGGAUCAAUUACAAAUGAAGACCUAUCCGCAAACUCGAUGAGUUAUCCAAACCUAUCGGGAGGUACAUUGCCGAGUCGGCCAUCACAUAAUAGAACCUUCUCAAGGUCCAGGGUUUCAAAGAGAAAGUCCAAGUAUCCAUUAAAUAAUGAAACAGUAGCAAUACUCAGAAGAGUCUCUCAAGAGAUUUAUGAGAAAUUUAGCUUGGCUAACGGAGGUGAAUUAGAUGUGUUAAAUCAACCAAGGACUAAGGUUCGUAAUUUAGAGUUGAACUCUAAAACUUACGAACAAAUGAAUAAAAAUACUGUAUUAAUAGAAGUGUUAGAGAAUUUAGAUUUGACGAUUUUCAUUAAUUUGAAGAGGUUAAUUAAAUUCCCGACAAAAGAACUUGAUAAUGAGAGCUCUGAGUUCUUGAAACAUGCCAUGACUUCCAUAGCAGGAGUAUUGACGGAAUUUUUUGAUAUUAAGCAAGCUUUCCAUGAUAUUCUAAUCAGAUUAAUAAUGUCUACUCAACAUACAACAUUAGAUGACCCGUAUAUUUUCUCUUCGAUGAGGUCCAAUUUCAAAGUUGGGUACAAUGAACCUGCACUUUUGCCUAAAACUUACAGGGAUGAUAAACUCAUGAAAAAAAUGGAUAAGAAAGCAUUGAAUCUCUUCAAAUAUUUAGUGCAGCAAGAUGUGGAAUUCAAUGAUAUAGAAUUUUUGGAUCUUUCAGAUGACUUCAAAAUCUCAUGUGAGAAAUACGUUGAAAUUGCAGAUGUCGCAUGUCUAAUUGUUGAGCAGCUGGUUGAAGAAAAGGAAAAUUUAUUGAACUAUGCUGCAAGAAUGAUGAAAAACAAUUUGACAACAGAAUUGUUAAGAGGUGAACAAGAAAAAUGGUUUGAAUAUAACUCGGAUGAAGAAGAGAAGGAUGAGGAGGAUUACCUUUCCGAUACUGUACAAGGAAAAGAUGCUUCAGUUACCAAAAAGAAGAAAUAUUAUACUGACCUACCUUGGUUUUUACAACCUGAAUUUGAACACACAUUAAUUUAUGAUAUCAAAGGGAAUGUCAAAGGUGGUACUAAAGAAGCUUUGAUUGAAUAUUUGACGAAUCCUGAAUUAAUUGAUCCAUCUUUUAACGUGGCUUUCUUAAUUACCUUUAGAAGUAUCUUUACUACGAAGGAGUUUUUCUACUCUUUAAUUUACAGAUACAAUUUGUAUCCACCUGAGGGCUUAAGUUAUGAUGAAUACAAUAUUUGGAUUGAAAAAAAAUUGAAACCUAUAAAGUGCCGUGUUGUUAGUAUAUUAAAGACAUUUUUCCAACAAUAUUGGAAUCCGAACUACACGGAACCUGGAUUGUCAUCUAUUGAAAAUUUUGCUCAAUUUGCAAUUAGUGAAAAAGUUCCCGGAUCCGAUGAGCUAUUACAAGAAAUUAAGGAAUAUAUUAUAGAUCCUACAACUACUCCUACUCAUAUCAAGGAGAAAAACGGAGAAAGUGAAGAGAAAUUAACGUCAAGUACUGAACUUACACCGAAGAGUAGUAUAGAAACUAAGACGAAAUCAAAAAAUAAAUUGGCGUCUGGUAAUAUGGCUUCUUCAUCACCUUCAUCCUUCUUUAGAUUGAAAAAACUGAAAUUGCUGGAUAUUGAUCCCUAUAAUUAUGCCACACAAUUGACGAUUUUAUCUCAUUAUUUGUAUUUAAGGAUAACAAUGUUUGAAUGUCUUGAUAGAGUCUGGGGCACUAAAUACUGUAAUAUGGGAGGUUCAUUAAAUAUUUCAAAUCUUAUUAAAAACGCAAACGCAGUGACAAAUUACGUUUCGUACAGUAUAGUUAAACAAAGUGAUGUUAAGAAGAGAUCGAAAGUAAUACAAUUUUUCAUCAAAGUUGCGGAAUAUUGUAAGGAAUUGAACAAUUUUUCAUCAAUGACAGCUAUUGUUUCAGGUCUAUACUCAUCCCCUGUUUAUAGAUUAAAGAAGACAUGGCAACUGAUACCUAGUGAUUUAAAUGAGACUUUGAGAAAUCUAAACAAUUUAAUGGAUUCUAAGAGAAAUUUUAUUCGUUACAGAGGCUUGUUAGAAUCUGUGAAGAAUGUUGCGUGUGUACCAUUCUUUGGUGUUUAUUUAUCAGAUUUGACUUUUACGUUUGCCGGUAAUCCUGAAUUUUUGCAUGGUUCUAACAGUAUAAUAAACUUUAGUAAAAGAAAUAAGAUAGUUGAUAUCAUUGAAGAGAUACUGAGUUAUAAGAGGGUUCAUUACAAAUUGAAAAGAAUGGAUGAGAUACAAGCAUUUAUUGAAGGAUCGUUGGAGAAAAUCCCCCAUAUUGAAAAACAGUACUAUUUAUCAUUGGAAAUGGAGCCAAGAAUAACUAAUAGUGCUACUGGUAGUGUAGAUACUAAUUUGAAAAGUCAAUUGGAAUUAUCCAGUGAGAAUAAUUCAUAUACAGUUAGGAGCUCUGAUACAAUCACUGCUACUACCACUGCAAAUAGUCGCGAUGCCAGUAUACCAGAUAAGAAUGAUAGGAACAGUACUAAUAUCAAUGAUACAAGAGGUAAUGAUGAUAGGAAUAAUAAUUUCUUAAAGUUUGGUAAGAAAAAGCAGUCAUCAAAGUUAUUCGGUUAA